AUGUCCAACAACCUCACCUCUUUGACUCACGACACCGCCAGCGACCUCCCCACCUCCGCAUCGACAAUCCAAGAGUCGCAGACGCACGCUUCCAUCCGCCCGACCUUUGCCAAGUCGACCUCGUCCUCCUCGGAACUCAUGAGCCAGUCGACCACUCAGCCGCACCACGCUGGAGAGAUGACCGUCGGCGAGCAGGGACAGCUGCAGAAGAAGGACUUGCAGGAGACUGAGGGCAGCAUCGCCAGGAUCACGAGCGGGAUUGGAGGGAUUCUCGUCAACGCCCCGCUCGCCGCCAUCGAGAAAGUGUCGCCCAGCUUCGCGCAGGGUCUCCAGUCGGCUGCUUCCUCCGUCGCCUCGGGCGUCCAGAACCUCGCCUCUUCCGCCACGCACGCUGCGACCCAGUACAACCAGUUUACGGUCGAGGAGUCAUCGACUGUUCCUUCGCAGUCGCAGCAGGUUCAGCAUACUCAGCAGCCCGUCACAACGGGACACAUCGGCCACGGCGAGCCUGGCAAGUCUGCGACGGGCCUCGAAGACUCGGCGAAGCAGCCCGCCCAGGCAGUCGCCGAGACCCUGCCCGCGUAUUCAACCGGCGGCACUUCGCAAGUUCAGGAGCAGUCGACCAUCACGCAUCCGACGACCGCUGGCGCUCAGGGCGUCGGCGCUGUAGGAGCCGGAAGGGGCCACCUCGAGGGCAUCGAGGCGCCCGGCACGAGGGUGCUCGUCCAGCCUGCUCCCGGCACCAAGAUGUCGAACGAGGAACGCGAGAUGGGCGGCCCGACGGUUCCUUCUGCCGCCGACGCGAAGGAGACGGUCGCUCAGUCAAUCCCGCCUGCGAACGAGGCGAUUGGUCAAGGCGUCGAGACUGUCAAGGCGGCGGGCAACAAGGCUGCCGAGAUGCUUCCUCCCGCCGAGAGGCAGAAGGAGCUUGCCCAAGCCACCGCCGAGAAUGUUGCCGCCGCAGCGCAGACUGCCUACUCGGCUGCUGCAUCCGCCGCACCCGUCGUCGCCGACAAGUCCGCCCAAGCCGCCUCUACUACCGCCGCUGGUCUCGGCGCUCUCGCAACCGGAGUUGUCUACGGAGCCCAAGCUGCUGCUCACGCCGCUUCCGAGGGCGCGCAUCGCGUCCAGGAGUACGUCGCCGGCACGGCCGAGUCGGCUAGCAACGUUGCUCAGGCGGGCGCUCAGCGCGCUGUGGAGACGGGUAAGAGCGCGACGAGUUACGCCGCCGGGUCAGCGAGGAGUGCGACGGAUGCGACGGUCGGCACUGCCAAGAGCGCCUCGAACUAUGCUGCCGAUACGGCGAGGAGUGCGAGGGCCUUGGCCGCGGACACGGCGAAUGCUGCCACCCAGAAGGCCAGCGACGUCGGCCAGUCCACCAAGCAGAGUCUCCUCAACACCUCGUCGUACCCUCUCGCGCAGACACCGUCCGACUUCAUUCCCGGCACCGCCAAGAUCCUUUCCGGCGGCUCAGUCGACGAGACUGAGCAGCACUACCGCAGCGAAGAUACCGACCGUCCCAUCGCCGCCAUCAUGGACCACCCGGACGCCUCGACGCAGGACAAGCAUGAGGGCAUCAAGUCCGACAUACGCCGCGUUCAUGACGAGCCCGCCGUCACGAGCAUGUUCCCUUCGCAGUACCCGGAGGAGAGCGCUCGCCAGCACGAGCGCAACGUCGGUUCCGCCGCUCACCACACCUCUUCCUCGCACCACCACCAGCACUCGACCGGCGGACACGGCUACACCGACAUGAAGCCGACCGCUCCGUCCGGCGUUGGCCACCAGAGCUACACCGAAGGCCAGACCGACCGCUUCAUGCCACACGUCUCGCAGAACCUCUCGCAGGGCGGCGGCUACCAGAACAAGAUGGCGCAGAACCCUCCGACGUCGAGGGAUACCCACACGCCUUCGCACGUCGACAACGCUCACUGGGGAGGUGAUCCCGUCGUCUACGGCGCCUCGUCGCACUCGCACAACUCGGCCGCUCAGCAGGCGCACUUGCAGAGCGAGCGCAAGUCCGACUUCUCGUCCUCCGCAGGCUUUGGCGGCGCCGGCAUCGAUAUGCAAGGCUCGGGCUCGCCUCACACCUACUCGAGCACAACCAACACGACCUCGUCGACCUUUGGCACGGGCGACAACACCGACGCGACUGGCAUCUCGACUGGCAACAAGCAUCACUGGGUCUCCGGCGAGCCCGUCACCGGCGCUGCUGGAUCCGCUGCGGCGGACGUCGCUUCCGGCGGACAGUACGGCUCGUCGGCCGACCAGUACAGCACGACGACCGGCAACCGUUACGCUUAA